UCCGUUGCUAGGUAAUUCUCCCGGAAGGACCAAGCCCAUAACGACGUCGUUUAAUGUUCUUGAGACAUUUCUUGUUUAAAAAAUACCCCAAACCGCAAUUAAGUCGCAUAGUAAGGUUAUGGCAUAUGUAUGUUAUUACUUUUCAAUAACUAAGACUUUUAUUGUGAAGAGUAAUAUAGUUUGACCGUGGUGGGCGUUUCGUCACUGUGUCCAGCUUCACGACGCCCAGGAUCAAUAAAUGUAGCUUGUUAGCAAUGAAACCGCUAACAUGGAAACAGUUUUUUGUUGUUAGCUGGGGCUAUCAAUGAUUCUGACAAAUUGUCCUGCCGCUGGGUUCCGCUAUGAGUUUAAAUAACGACAGUUUGGCGAGAUUGCACCACUGACUGGGUGAUGUCCGCCCAGCCUCUGCAGCAGUCCAGGGAGGAUUCAGCAUCCUGCUAACUGAGCCAGCCCGGCUAGCUGAUGCUGAUGACUGGCUGUUUCCUGACAUUGAUUUGCAGUGGGAGGCACCAUGGCCGGUAAGGUGAAGUGGGUGACAGAUAUUGAAAAAUCAGUGCUCAUCAACAACUUUGAGAAGAGGGAAUGGACUCAAGUCACAGAAAACGACGACUGGAAUUUCUACUGGAUGAGCAUCCAGACCAUCAGAAAUGUGUUCAGUGUGGACACCGGCUACCGCCUGUCAGAUGACCAGAUGGUUAACCACUUCCCCAACCACUACGAACUGACCAGGAAGGACCUGAUGAUCAAGAACAUCAAACGCUACCGCAAGGAGCUGGAAAAGGAAAGCAGUCCGCUGGCAGAGAAGGACGAGAACGGGAAAUACAUUUAUUUAGAUUUUGUCCCUGUGACGUUCAUGCUCCCCUCCGAUUAUAAUCUUUUUGUGGAGGAGUACCGCAAGAACCCAUCCAGCACUUGGAUCAUGAAGCCCUGCGGCAAGGCCCAGGGCAAAGGCAUCUUCCUCAUCAACAAACUGUCCCAGAUCAAGAAGUGGUCCAGAGACAGCCGCACCUCCACGUUUGUAGCAGCAUCUAGUGGCAAGGAAGCCUACGUCAUCUCCCUGUACAUCGACAAUCCUCUGCUGAUAGGAGGGAAGAAGUUCGACCUGCGUCUCUACGUUCUGGUGACCACAUAUCGGCCUCUGAAGUGCUACAUGUACAAGCUUGGCUUCUGCAGGUUCUGCACAGUCAAGUACACACCCAGCACCAGUGAACUGGACAACAUGUUUGUUCACCUCACUAAUGUGGCCAUCCAAAAACAUGGGGAUGACUACAACCACGUCCAUGGAGGCAAGUGGACGGUCAGUAACCUCCGUUUGUACCUAGAGAGCACCAGAGGGAAGGAGGUGACCAGCCGACUGUUUGACCAGAUCCACUGGAUCGUGGUGCAGUCACUGAAGGCCGUGGCUCCUGUGAUGAACAACGACAAGCACUGUUUUGAGUGUUACGGGUAUGACAUCAUUAUUGAUGACAAGCUCAAGCCAUGGCUUAUAGAGGUCAAUGCCUCACCCUCGCUGACCUCCAGCACAGCCAACGACCGCAUCCUGAAGUACAACCUCAUUAACGACACUCUCAACAUCGUCACGCCCAACGGGGACAUCCCAGACUGCCGCUGGAAUCGCAGCCCGCCACGAGAGGCCCUGGGCAACUAUCAAGUCCUGUAUGACGAGGAGCAGGCGCAGAGCGAGAAUGCCGAGCGUGACCUGCGGAGCCGCUCGGGUCAAUCCUUGGGGUCAAAGGGCACCAAGGGGAGUGCAGGCGUUCGCCCUGCUGCCGCCACCUGGAAGUGAGGUGAUAUAGAUGACUCUUAAUGACUUCCUGUACAUUAUUACAGGGUCCAACAGUGGGGCACAGGGGAUAAAAAGGAACCACCCAGACUUAGCCCAACUAUUCGAUGGAGGACUGCUCCCUGUCUCCACAUUUCACUGACUGAGGGCUCAGGGGUCGAGAGCUCUACUGCUGGAGGGGAGGAAAAUCAACAAUGUGGUCAUAUUUGCAAAGUUUAAAGGCUGGAGUUUGUGGCUGUUUGUAUGAAUGAGUAACUAAAAAUAAGACGGUGUAGUCCCUCAUUCGUCCAGGAGUGUUCUAUCGUAGAAAAGGUUUCAGUCGUAGUCAUCUGGACACUGUUUUCAGAAUCAAGACGUUUCGGCUCCCAUCCGGAAGUCAUCCGGAAGUCAUUCUCAAUUCACAAUUGAGAAUGACUUCCGGAUGGGAGCCGAAACGUCUUGAUUCUGAAAACAGUGUCCAGAUGACUACGACUGAAACCUUUUCUACGAUAGUAACUAAAAAUGUAGAAAUUAUGUCAGUGAGGCUGAAGGCCAAGUCCAAUAUCACAUACAAUGUCAGCAACAGCAGCCAUUACCACCCCAACCCAAACUCCCUAUGAAGAUGAGGAAAUAUUUCCCAAAAAAAACUCAAAAAGUGGAUGAAACCUUGGGAGAGGAAAUUCAAAGAGAAGGUCCCUCUCCUUGGAACGCUGGGGGUGCAGGAGAAGCUGCAGGUGGGAAAAAUGGCAACCACACAAAUGAAAAGAAAAUUGUAAUUUAAUAUACAUCAAUGGGAUUAAAAUCCAAUAUGACCAGGGAGGAUUAUAACAACCUGAACUAUGCAUGAUUACUGAGUCCUGACACUUUAACUCGACCCCCCGCACAGGUGCUAAAAAGAAGGAGCUCUGUGAGAAGUCUAUGAAGUGGUAUGGAAAAAGAAGAGAGAGGGACAAGGGAUCUAACUAAUGCAAAGGGUAUAAAGAUACAAUUUACUGAUUGGCAGAUGAUAGUGAAUAGGCAGAAUUAAAAGUACUAAAGGUGUAUAGAUCCCAAAGUAGAAAUGAAUAAUGUUUUUAUAUGUGUAUCAGUAUGUUUAUGCAGGGAGGCUUCAUUAACAUUGAUUGUAUUCAGUGCUGAUCCCGAUUGGACUUUAUUACUUUAUUUUUUCUUGAAUAUUAAAUAGAUAUCACAUGUUGCAUUUUGAGUUUGACCACUGACGUCAUAUUUGCUGUACAUCUAAAAUCUUAAACACUAAUAUGUGUUGGAAAUGUAUGCAUUCUUAGCUGUCAGCUGUUUAUUUCCUGCAACUACUGAAAUGUUGAAACUCUGAUGAUUUAUUCACUGAAGUAGAGCUGAACGGUAUUAGGAAAAGAUUGCAGUAUCUUUGUUUUUGUUUUGUUUUUUGCAGUAUACGUAGUGGUAUUUUAAAACAAAGGUAAGGAAAUAUCACCAGAUACUUGCAGCUUUAGCUUAUAGAACCAUUUGGAAACAAUUUAUAUCUUAAGUAAUGAUUAGGGUGAUUUUAAAGAAAAGAGGGGGGGAUGUUCAAUUUCUGUUUGCUUCAAUUUUCAAUCCAGGCUAAAGUCCAUGAUCAAGAUUAUCAUUAUAAUCACUUUAUUUACUCUAAAACAAGGGGCAUCUUCUGUCAAUGGGUGAAAGAAAGGUCUAUCAGCCCUAAAUCUGAUAUAGAAACUCAUUUGGUGCUUUGUGAAAUUAAAUUGUUGAUGUGAAAUAAAAAGAAGGAAAAUUCUCUA